AUGUCAAUGCCCGCAAUAUACUUCAAAACCGCUACAGCAACGAUUUGCUCUAGAAAGCAUCACGUGUCACUCCAUCGUGGCAACUUUGAAGGUUCAAAGGUUAAAGCUAGAUCUUCCAAUUCAUCAGAGGUAAAAAAUGCAGAGAGCUCCUCUGCAGAAGAGUCAACUAUAAAUAAAGAUACAAAGAAAGUCCCACAAGUUUUCCAUUCCUUCGAACAAGAUAAGGUCAGUAAAUACUCGGUAUUAUUAGCAACGGCGCUUGUUUCCGUUCAGUCUCCAACAGGAUAUACUUGUAAAGCUAGAGUUCUUAUCGAUCAAGGGUCAGAAAUAUCCUUAAUAACGGAGCGACUAGUACAACGCUUACAUUUGCCCCGGACGAAAUCUAAUAUCCCAUUGAUUGGAAUUGGCAGAAAAAGGAGUAAUAAUUCUAAAGGACUUACUUCUUUCAAACUAAAGCCUCAUUUUGAAUCAUCAUUUGAAUGUUCUGUAUCAGCUCACAUUCUUCCAAGACUGACAGCUUCGUUGCCCUCCGUGUCCCUUCAAGAAGGAUCAUGGUCUCAUUUAAGGGGCUUACAACUCGCGGAUCCCGAAUAUCUUUUAUCAAAUCAAAUUGACAUUCUUCUCGGUGCAGACAUUUAUUGCCAAAUUAUACGAGACAGUAUUAUUAAAGGGCCGAUUGGUUCACCAAUGGCACAACUCACGGAAUUAGGCUGGAUCAUCUCCGGCCCCACGGGCCCUAAAGAAAUUGAUGAAGUACCUUCAACGACCUCCGUUCUCUCAUCUGACGAACAAGCUUGUGAAAACCAUUUCAUGUCCACCCACUCUCGCAAUCAAGAAGGACGGUAUGUGGUGCGAUUGCCGUUCAAAAAAUCUGUUGAUCAUCUCGGCGAUUCACGUCAAAGGGCCGCUCGAAUCAUGCUUAAACUUUCUCAUAAGCUUUCUUCGGAUUCUGACUAUGCAAAGCAAUAUUCAGAGUUUCUAAGCGAAUACGAACGGCUUAAUCAUAUGAAACUAGUCCCUCCACAUUUGCCUGAACCUCAUCAUGUAUAUUACUUGCCACAUCACGGAGUUAAAAGGGAACAAAGCCUUACUACCAAACUACGUGUUGUAUUUAAUGGAUCUAGCGCCACUUCUUCAGGUUCUUCUCUCAAUGAUUUGUUACACAUUGGAGCUAAGCUUCAAUCAGACAUAUUCGAUGUUCUACUCUGGUUUCGUCAAUUUCAAUAUAUCUUUUCCUCCGAUAUAGAAAAAAUGGAUCGCCAGAUAGACAUUCAUCCAGACGAUUGGGAUUUUCAAAGGAUUUUAUGGUGUGAUCAGUCACCCAACCUGAAAACGUACCAACUUCCUACUGUUACUUAUGGACUAGCUUGUGCUCCCUUUUUAGCAUUACGCGCCAUUCAACAGUUAUUAACCGAUGAGGGUUCAAAGUACCCAUUAGCAGUUCCCUGUCUUCAAAAAGGGAGAUACGUAGACGAUCUCUUCGGAGGUGCUUAUAGCAUAGAAAAGACUCAAGAAAUUGUUACUCAGUUAAAUCAGCUCUGCACGGCGGGCGGUUUUAAAUUGAAGAAAUGGUCCUCCAACCAUCCAGAUAUACUUCGUUUGAUUCCGAAGGAUGAACAGAUAUCCUCGUUGUCAAUCGAUUUUGAUUAUGAUACCGUUGUUCAUACUCUCGGGCUUCAAUAG